UUGUGAUCUAUGAAACUAAAAGAAAAGAAACAUUGAGUUUGAGCUGAAAAGUUGUUGAAACGAAACACUUAGCAGAUUUUGAGGAGAGAAACUGACAGGAUCUAAAGAAACCGCGAUCGAACACAUUGAGUUGUAGUAACUGCUGCAGUUGUUGUUCACUUGUUCCUUAUAAAUAUUCUUCCUAAUUCCCUUUGUUGUUUCAAGAGCCGUUUACUCCAAAUUGGAAGGUUGAGAGGUUUCUUCACUGGGUCUUCCUCUCUUGCCCCACAGUGAGGUGAGCAAGAAGAGGAGGAAACAAUGUCUAUGAAGAGCAGCAAGGUGGGGGCUGUGGAAUUUGCUGCAAGGAAUGCUGUCCUGCAUAGGAAAUGGGCUCUUUUGCUUUGUGUGGCAAGCUUCUGUGCUGGAAUGUUCUUCACCAACAGGAUGUGGUCGAUGCCUGAAUAUAGAGAAAUUUCCAAGACCUCUAGUGAGAUUGAACGAAUAAAAUUAAACACUGAUGGUUGUAAUCUAAAUCUAGUUGUAAAGCCUGAAUCCAACUACAGUCAUGUGGAAAUUUCAAAUACGCGAAAGAUUAUCACGUAAGCCUAGCCAAUGCUUGUUAGCACUGGAUUUACUAAUACGCUUAUCAAAUCAUUCUAAUGCUAAACCAUUGCUACACAUGAAUUGCAGGAAACCAAGAAUCUCACAGAAAGUUCAAUCUUCUCCAAGAAAAAAAUGUUUCAUGGUUAUAGGUAUCAAUACAGCAUUUAGUAGCCGGAAGCGAAGAGAUUCUAUUCGUGAAACUUGGAUGCCAGGAGCCGAGGAAAGAAAGAAAUUGGAGGAAGAAAAGGGCAUAAUCAUACGUUUUGUUAUUGGUCACAGUUCUACAUCUGGUGGCAUUCUUGACAGAGCUAUUGAAGCAGAGGAGAAGCUUCAUGCCGACUUCAUGAGGCUGCAGGACCACGUUGAGGGCUACCUGGAACUAUCAGCUAAGACGAAAACCUAUUUUUCCACUGCCCUUGCCUUGUGGGAUGCAGAAUAUUAUAUCAAAGUUGAUGAUGAUGUUCAUGUGAAUUUAGCCACACUUGGAUCCAUUCUGACUAUGCACCGCCAGAAACCUCGAGUAUAUAUCGGGUGCAUGAAAUCCGGCCCCGUCCUUGCUCAGAAGGGAGUGAAAUAUCAUGAACCAGAAUACUGGAAAUUUGGCGAGGUGGGAAAUAAGUACUUCCGUCACGCUACAGGACAACUAUAUGCCAUUUCACAAGAUUUGGCUACUUAUAUAUCCAUAAAUCGGGACGUGUUGCAUAAAUAUGCUAAUGAAGAUGUUUCACUGGGUGCUUGGUUAAUUGGUUUAGAUGUGGAACAUAUUGAUGAUAGGAGAAUGUGUUGUGGUACAUCCCCUGAUUGCGAGUGGAAGGCUCAGGCAGGUAAUAUCUGUGCUGCUUCAUUUGAUUGGAGAUGCAGCGGAAUUUGCAGGUCUGUUGAGAGGAUGAAGGAGGUUCACCAGCGUUGCGGGGAGGAUGAAAAUGCACUGGGGGCUGCAACUUUCUGAUGGUUGCUACUUGCAACUCAUAUCCUAAACUCAACAAGUACUAUAUCCAGAAACCAUAACGAGAGCAUAUGAAAAUUUUGUGCUAUAUAGGUAGUAUGAGACUAUGAGAUGGUUCAUAAGGAGAUAGACCUUGCUGUUCAGGAGCCAUUUCACUGAGGAGAUAAUCAUUAACCACCCCACUACAUCCAAAGAGAAUGCAUUAGCAAGUAGCAACCUACCCAUUCUUUUGUUAAGUGGCUGGAGGGCUUUGUAUUCCAAUUCUCUACAUGCCUAACUUUCAUAAUAAUUAGUUAUCAUUAUGUCCA